CCAUUUGUAUACACGCCAUUUGUAAUAACAAGCAUUUUUAUACACGAAAUUGAUUUUUAUGCACCAUUCAAAACCCUAAAACUAGUAUUCUCAAAACCCUACUCUUGAGUUCGACUCUCUAACGCACGAAUUCCUGACAAUGACGAAGGUGUACGGAACAGGUACGUACGAUUUCAAGCGGCACCGAGUGGCGGAGUACCCGGUGGAGCUGCCGGCGGAGAAGCCGGUGGUGGCGAAGCCCGGCGGGGCGCUCCCUAGCACGAUAACUCUGUUGGAGAUUCAGCGGGACCGGCUGACGAAGAUAGCGGAGGAGAAUUGGUCGAGGGCCGGCGGAGCGAAGCCGGAGAAGCCGUUUGAACCGGAGCUGGUGAAGGAGAUCUACGAGACGGAGCUAGUGGUGAAAGGUGGGAGAAAGCCCGUUCCGUUGCAGAGGGUGAUGAUUCUGGAGGUGAGCCAGUACCUGGAGAACUAUCUGUGGCCAAAUUUUGAUCCAGAAACGGCGACGUUCGAGCACGUGAUGUCGAUGAUAAUCAUGGUCAAUGAAAAGUUUCGAGAGAAUGUGGCGGCUUGGGUAUGCUUUUAUGAUCGGAAAGAAUUGUUCAAGGCAUUCCUUGAGAGGGUUCUUCGGCUGAAAGAGGGAAGAGAAUUAAGCAUAGCUGAGAAGACGAAUUACUUGGUUUUCAUGAUCAAUGCCUUUCAGAGCUUGGAAGAUGAGGUUGUCAGUGAGACUGUUUUGAAAUUAGCAAGCUUGCAAUCCUGGCACAGUUUGUCAUAUGGUCGUUUUCAGAUGGAACUUUGUCUUAAUAUGGAUUUGAUAAAAAAAUGGAAAAGAAUGAUGAAGAGAGAGGUUAAGGAGGCAGCAGCGCGAGGAGAGAUUUUUGACCCCUCAACUAAGCUUGAAGUGAAAUUCUUGAGAAAUCUUAUUGAAGAAUUUCUGGAGGUACUUGAUUCACAGGUUUUCCCCCAGCAACAAUGUGUUAAUGAAGAUGAUGAAGUAAUUGAUGUUAAUGGUUUGGAGCAAGUUGAUGAUGCUUGUGUUUUGUACUGUGAGAGGUUUAUGGAAUUUCUUAUUGAUCUCUUGAGCCAACUGCCAACAAGGAGGUACUUGAGACCUCUUGUUGCUGAUGUAGCUGUUGUUGCCAAAUGCCAUUUAAGUGCUCUUUAUAGACAUGCGAAAGGGAAACUCUUUGCACAACUGGUUGACUUGCUACAAUUUUAUGAGAAAUUUGAGAUUAAUGAUCAUGCUGGGACACAAUUGACGGAUGAUGAGGUGCUCCAGUGUAAUUAUGACCGCUUCCUGUCUUUCCAGCUUCUUGCAUUUAACAAGAUCCCUAAGUUGCGAGAACUUGCAUUGGCGAACAUCGGUGCAAUUCACAAGCGAGCUAAUCUCUCUAAGAAGUUGUCUGUGCUUUCUCCUGAAGAGUUGAAGGAUUUGGUUUGCUGUAAGCUCAAACUGAUCUCAGAGGAGGAUCCCUGGUCAGAAAGGGUUGAUUUUCUCAUUGAAGUCAUGGUCUCCUUUUUUGAGAAACAACAAUCUCAAAAAGAAGCCAUAAAUGCUCUCCCACUUUACCCCAAUGAGCAGAUUAUGUGGGAUGAAAGCCUUGUACCAAGUAUAAAUUACUCGGGCGAAGGUUGUCUGGCCCUUCCUAAACUUAAUUUACAAUUCUUAACACUUCAUGACUAUCUUUUGCGAAAUUUCAAUCUCUUCCGUCUUGAAUCUACAUAUGAGAUACGUGAGGAUCUUCAGGAAGCUGUACCACAUCUCCUUGCCUACAUUAAUAUUGAAGGAGAAACUGCUUUUCGUGGUUGGUCAAGAAUGGCUGUGCCAAUUAAAGAAUUUAAGAUCGCUGAGGUAAAGCAGCCAAACAUUGGAGAAGUGAAGCCAGCGUCAGUUACUGCAGAAGUCACUUUUAGCAUUUCUAGUUAUAAAGCACAAAUAAGAUCAGAAUGGAAUGCCCUUAAAGAGCAUGAUGUUCUAUUUUUACUUUCUAUCCAGCCUUCAUUUGAGCCUUUAAGUGCUGAAGAAGCUGCCAAGGCAAGUGUGCCACAAAGGCUUGGCCUUCAAUAUGUGAGGGGAUGUGAGAUUAUUGAGAUCCGUGACGAGGAGGGGAUCCUCAUGAAUGAUUUCACAGGAAGAAUUAAACGAGAUGAGUGGAAGCCUCCAAAAGGGGAACUGAGAACUGUAACGGUUGCUUUAGAUACAGCACAAUACCACAUGGAUGUCGGCAAUAUCGCAGAGAAAGGUGCAGAAGAUGUUUAUGGGACGUUCAAUGUAUUGAUUAGGAGGAAGCCUAAAGAAAACAAUUUCAAAGCAAUUUUAGAGUCUAUAAGAGAUCUUAUGAAUGAAUAUUGUAUUGUUCCUGACUGGCUGCACAACGUAUUUUUGGGCUAUGGGAAUCCUUCUGCAGCACAAUGGACUAAUAUGCCUGAUCUUUUGGAAAUGGUAGAUUUCAAAGAUACUUUUCUUGAUGCAGAUCAUUUGAAAGAGAGCUUUCCAGAUUAUCAGGUUUGUUUUAUAAAUUCAGAUGGUAGUGAAAACUUGCAUCCACGGUCACCUUUUCGAAUUAGGCUUCCCAGGAUGCUAAAAGGUGGUAGUAAUGCCCUUCCAGGGAAUAAGACGUUUGCAUUGGAUUCAGCAAAUGAUGUAAAUAUGGUGGAUGCUGGUUGUGAGAAAGAAAAACUCAUUGUUGAGGCAUACACUCCUCCUGACCCAGGUCCUUAUCCCCAAGAUCAGCCAAAGCAGAACUCAGUUAGAUUUACAGCCACACAGAUUGGAGCAAUCAUCUCUGGUAUUCAGCCUGGACUAACUAUGGUUGUGGGUCCACCUGGUACGGGAAAGACGGAUACAGCUGUGCAAAUCUUGAAUGUUCUUUAUCACAAUUGUCCUUCUCAGCGAACAUUAAUUAUCACUCAUUCAAAUCAGGCUCUGAAUGACCUCUUUGAGAAGAUAAUGCAGAGGGAUGUACCUGCACGCUAUCUUCUUCGACUUGGUCAAGGUGAACAAGAGCUAGCAACUGAUCUUGACUUCAGCAGGCAAGGCCGUGUAAAUGCAAUGCUUGUUCGGCGUUUAGAAUUACUUAGUGAAGUGGAGAGGCUGGCAAGAUCUCUCCAACUGCCCGAGGAUGUAGGUUAUACUUGUGAAACUGCUGGAUACUUUUGGUUGCUUCAUGUAUACUCUCGCUGGGAGCAAUUCCUGGCUGCUUGUGCAGAAAGUGAGGAUAAAGCAGCAUUUGUUAAAGACCGCUUCCCCUUCAAGGAAUUUUUCUCCAACUCACCGCAUCCAGUUUUUACGGGUGAGUCAUUUGAGAAAGACAUGAGAGCGGCUAAGGGGUGCUUUCGUCAUCUUAAGACAAUGUUCCAAGAGCUUGAAGAGUGUAGGGCAUUUGAAUUGCUCAAGUCAACGGCUGACCGAGCUAAUUAUCUAAUGACGAAGCAGGCAAAGAUUGUUGCAAUGACUUGCACUCAUGCUGCUCUGAAGAGGAAAGAUUUUCUUCAAAUAGGUUUCAAGUAUGAUAACUUGUUGAUGGAAGAAAGUGCCCAAAUAUUGGAGAUUGAGACCUUUAUCCCAAUGUUGCUUCAGAGGCAAGAAGAUGGUUAUGCACGGCUUAAACGUUGCAUUUUGAUUGGUGAUCAUCACCAGUUGCCACCUGUUGUGAAGAAUAUGGCUUUCCAGAAGUACAGUCACAUGGAUCAAAGUCUAUUUACAAGGUUUGUUCGUCUGGGCAUUCCUUAUAUUGAGCUCAAUGCCCAGGGUAGAGCUAGGCCAAGUAUAGCCAAACUUUACAACUGGAGGUACAGGGAUUUGGGAGACCUUCCUUAUGUAAAGGAGGAGGCAAUAUUCCAUAGAGCAAACGCUGGAUUUUCCUAUGAUUAUCAGUUGAUUGAUGUACCUGAUUACCAGGGGAAAGGAGAGACUGCCCCUUCUCCUUGGUUCUAUCAAAACGAGGGAGAAGCUGAAUAUGUUGUCAGUGUUUAUAUGUACAUGCGUUUACUAGGUUACCCUGCUAAUAAGAUAUCAAUCUUGACAACAUACAAUGGCCAGAAACUUUUGAUCCGUGAUGUUAUCAAUAGAAGAUGCAUUCCAUAUGAUUUCAUCGGUCCACCCAGUAAGGUAACUACUGUUGAUAAGUUUCAAGGUCAGCAAAACGAUUUUAUAUUGCUGUCUCUUGUGCGCACUCGCUUUGUUGGUCACCUUCGCGAUGUCAGAAGAUUGGUUGUUGCCAUGUCUCGUGCUCGACUUGGUCUGUAUGUGUUUUGCCGCCGUUCUCUGUUUGAACAAUGCUACGAAUUGCAGCCUACAUUUCAACAUCUGCUUCAGAGACCUGAUCGUCUUGCCCUCAAUUUGGAUGAGAUUACACGAUAUACUGAACGCUGUGUUGAAGAUACUGAACCCAUCCAUCUUGUCAGCAGUGUUGAUGAGAUGAUUAACAUUUUUAACUGGAGGUAUCAGGAACAGUACAUGAGACAUCAAUCUGAUCAUUAUACAGCCUACUCGGGUGCAUUCGAGGCGCAAAACGGUCAACAGAAUUCAAUGCCCAUUUACCAUGAUAUAGACACCAAUAUACCAGCAGCUGCUGAUGGUGCAGCAAGGGAUAUACCACAUGAAAGCAACAUGGAAGAUGAUACAAAGAUGGAUGGCCUUAUAAAUAGUGAAAACAGGGAUGUUCUGUUGAAUUCGAACGAGGAGGUGGAUAAGAAUGCUAGUAGAGAUGAAGAGAAUGAUAUGGUACCUGACAGCAACUCAAAUGAGGGAACCACGGUGCAAGAGUAGUCUGGUUAAUAACCCUCCUCACAAGGGUUCUCUUUUUUGGUAUUUUUGGACUUAUAAAAUGACCUGGAGCUUCAGCUUUAUGCAUAUUGAUGCCACCCAGCUAAGGCCUUCCUAUGACUAAAAGGUCUGAACCUACUCCAAUAGGAGACUAGGUCACAGGUCAUUUUGGCCUGAAGUUCCAAAACUUAACUCCUCAAGAGCCAGUGCCCUGCGACUUUAUCAUCUGGAAGAAGAAAAGAUGGAUGGUGCUUAAUUAUAAGAGUAUGUUUUUAGCUGUGCAGCGUCAAGCUUGUUGAAAAUUUUCAUCUCCUGAGGUCUCUACCAAGGAUUGAUUGUAAGUAAAACAUCAUGUAAUCUUGGGUUCAUCAGCUAAUCUUGUUGCUAAUUGGAGAUUACUAGUUUAUUGUGACA